CUCGGCCCUCCUCCGCGCCCACCAUCUCGGGGCUCUGGGACUACAGGGAACCCCUUCAGUCCCCAGAGCUGAGGCCAGCAGGGAGAGAGACUAUGAGGCAAGCAGCCCACCGACCCAGGCCUCCUUAGGACCAGCCCAACCGCCCAGCAAGCUGGCCAGCAGCGGCGGAGAGAGGAGCAGGAGAUAAAGGACUCCAGCGGACCUUUGGGGAUCACCCCCAGCAGCUCCUGUGGACCCUAGCCGGGCUAAGGGAUCGUGAUGGAUGGUCAGACUCACAGAUGCCGAAACGGACACACAAUGACAGCCAUGCACACAGCAGCACAGCACUGAGAGGCUCAGAUACAACCAGUGGCAGCAUCACACACCGCCACAGCCCUGCAGUAGACACCCACACGCAGAAACAACUGGCAACUCUGAGACAGGCUCAGGCAGUGACACACAAAACCACAGCCCCCAGCACACACAAGUAGGAGCACCCAUCCUCCCCCCCCCACGCACGCGCGCACACACACACACACACACACACACACACACACACACACACACACAGAGCCGUGCUGACCGGCACAGGCCGACCUGCAGACACGCGCACACCCUCAGCCGGAGCUGCUGUCGGUGGCCUCAGCACACUCUCCCCACCCCUGCGGGGACACCCUUGCUGCUCCACAGGCUCGUGCACACAGCCACGAGCAAACACAGCUCGCACACCCCUGGCUCCAGCUCCUCCAGCAGCCCCGGCUCCCACAGCCUCCUUUGUGGGGCAGGAAGCACUCGGCUAACCUUGGAUGGAAUUUCAGUGAAGCCAAGAGCUCAGAGAGGAGAGGGUCUGGCCUGGCAUGACCCUCAUCGGCCCCUCCAGCUGGCUGGGUGAUGUCCCCCGGCCUGGGUCCUAGGGACCCUUGGCAGAACCAUGGAGCAACUGACAUCUCUUCCAUCGCUGGGGGACCCCGGAAACAUGGAGCCGUGGGCACUGCCCGCCUGGCAGAGCUGGACUCCAGACCUGGGGGGUGAUGCUGGAGGUGCAUCACCAAGCAUGGCUGGUACCCCCGCAGAUCUGCGUGUUGGAGAACUGAGGCCUGAGGAGAGUUCCGAGCCUGAGGGAGCCCGAAGCCUGGGGCCUGUGGGGGGCAUGGAGCCUGGAAGAACAGGAACUGGGCUGCCCAGCCCUGCGCGGGGAGCCUUGAGCUCCGGACCCGGCUGUCAGAGGCUGGAGGACCCCGAGGCAGAGGCUUUCUCUAAGGGCAAGCUGAAAAUGGGCUUCGGGGACAGGCCCAAUCUGGAGCUGCUGAGGACUGUGGGGGAGCUGCAGCAGCGCUGUGCCAUCCUUAAGGAGGAGAACCAGAUGCUGAGGAAGAACAGCUUCCCAGAGACGGAGGAGAAGGUGCGGAGGCUGAAGCGGAAGAAUGCCGAGCUGGCGGUCAUUGCCAAGCGCCUGGAGGAGAGGGCCCGAAAGCUGCAGGAGACUAACCUGAGGGUGGUGAGUGCUCCCAUGCCCAGUCCAGGGGCCAGCUUGGAGUUGUGCCGGAAGGCCCUGGCGCGCCAACGAGCCCGGGACCUCAGUGAGACAGCCAGCGCCCUGUUGGCCAAGGACAAGCAGAUUGCUGCCUUGCAGCGGGAGUGCAGGGAGCUGCAGGCCAGGCUCACCCUGGCGGGCAAGGAGGGCCCCCAGUGGCUUCACGUGCGGGACUUCGACCGGCUGCUGCGCGAGUCCCAGCGGGAGGUGCUGCGGCUGCAGAGGCAGAUCGCCCUGCGCAACCAGCGGGAGCCGCCCUCGCCGCCCCGGCCCCCGGGCCCCUCUGUCUCGGCCAGAGCAGGGGCGCCCGCCCCGGGGGCCCCGGGAGAGGCCACACCUCAGGAGGAUGUGGAAAACCCAGCUGUGGUCCUAGGGGAGCCAGAGAAACAGCAGCGGGUGCAGCAACUGGAAUCGGAGCUCAGCAAGAAGAGGAAGAAAUGUGAGAGCCUAGAGCAGGAAGCCCGGAAAAAGCAGAGGCGAUGUGAGGAGCUGGAACUGCAGCUCAGGGCAGCCCAGAACGAGAAUGCCCGCCUCGUGGAGGAGAACUCUCGGCUCAGUGGGAGAGCCACAGAGAAGGAGCAGGUGGAGUGGGAGAAUGCAGAACUGAGGGGCCAGCUCCUGGGGGUGACACAGGAGAGGGACUCGGCCCUUCUCAAGAGCCAAGGUCUGCAGAGCAAGCUGGAGAGCCUGGAGCAGGUGCUGAAGCACAUGCGGGAGGUGGCCCAGCGGCGGCAGCAGCUGGAGGUGGAACAUGAGCAGGCUCGGCUCAGCCUGCAGGAGAAGCGGGAGGAGGUCCGGAGGCUGCAGCAGGCCCAGGCGGAAGCCCAGAGGGAGCAUGAAGGCGCUGUGCAGCUGCUGGAGUCUACCCUGGAUUCCAUGCAGGUCCGGGUCCGGGAGCUGGAGGAGCAGUGCCGCAGCCAGACCGAGCGCUUCAGCCUGCUGGCGCAGGAGCUCCAGGCCUUCCGCCUGCACCCUGGCCCCCUGGACCUGCUCACCUCCGCCCUGGGCUGCAGUGCCCCAGGGGUCCGCCCGCCACCCCCCUGCUGCUGCUCCACCCCGCAGCCCUGCCGCGGAUCCAGCCCCAAAGACCUCGACCUCCCACCAGCCUCCCCAGGGCGCUGCACCCCGAAGUCUUCCGAGCCUGCCUCUGCCACCCUUGCUGGGGUCUCCCGAAGGACGCCGGCCAAGAGGGCAGAGUCUCUGUCCAACUCCUCUCGCUCUGAGUCCAUCCACAACAGCCCCAAGUCCUGCCCGACCCCCGAGGUGGACACGGCCAGUGAGGUGGAGGAGCUGGAGGCGGACAACGUCUCGCUGCUCCCGGCAGUGGCAGAGGGUGACCGGGGCGGAGCCAGGGUCCAGGUCUUCCUAGCUCGCUACAGCUACAACCCCUUCGAGGGCCCCAACGAGAACCCAGAGGCUGAGCUGCCGCUGACCGCCGGCGAGUAUGUCUACAUCUAUGGCAGCAUGGACGAGGACGGCUUCUUUGAAGGGGAGCUCAUGGAUGGCCGGCGGGGCCUGGUCCCUUCCAAUUUUGUUGAGCGCGUGUCCGACGAUGACCUGCUGGCCUCCCUGCCUCCGGAGCUGGCUGACUUGUCCCACAGCUCAGGCCCCGAGCUCAGUUUUCUGAGUGGCAGCGGAGGCGGCAGCAGUAGUGGGGGCCAGAGCAGCGGGGGACGCAGCCAGCCCCGACCAGAGGACGAGGCGGCCGGGGAGGCACCCAGCCCGAGCCCCCCGCCCGAGGGCCUGGGGGAGCCCCCUGCCGUGCCUUACCCCCGCCGCCUGGCCAUCCUGAAGCAGCUGGCCCACAGCGUGGUGCUGGCCUGGGAGCCACCUCCUGAGCGUGUGGAGCUAAGUGGCUACCACGUCUGUGUGAAUGGGGAGCUGCGGCAGGCCCUGGGGUCUGGGGCGCCCCCCACAGCUGUGCUGGAGAACUUGGACCUGCAGGCGGGGCCCCUGUGGGUCUCUGUGCAGGCCUUGACCAGCCGGGGUGGCUCCGACCCGCUGCGCUGCUGCUUGCUGCUGGGGGCCCAGGCUGGCGUGGCUCCUAGCCAGCUGCGGGUCCAUCGGCUGACCGCCACGUCUGCCGAGAUCGCCUGGGUGCCCAGCAACAGCAGCUUGGCCCAUGCUGUCUACCUCAACGGGGAAGAAUGCCCCCCUGCCCGCCCCAGCACCUACUGGGCCACCUUCUGCCACCUGCGGCCUGGUACCCUCUAUCAGGCCCGAGUGGAGGCUCAGCUUCCCCCUCGAGGGUCCUGGGAACCAGGCGGGGAGAGGCCAGAGCCGCGGGCUGCCACCCUGCAGUUUACCACACUGCCAGCAGGCCCACCUGACGCGCCCCUGGAUGUGCAGGUCGAGCCGGGGCCUUCCCCUGGGAUCCUGAUCAUCAGCUGGCUCCCAGUGACGAUAGAUGCAGCCGGCACCUCCAACGGCGUCCGGGUCACAGGCUACGCUGUUUAUGCUGAUGGGCAGAAGAUCAUGGAGGUGGCCUCGCCCACGGCGGGCAGCGUGCUGGUGGAGCUGGCGCAGCUGCAGCUGCUGCAGGCGUGCCGUGCAGUGGCCGUGCGCACCAUGUCGCCCCACGGCGAGUCGGCGGACUCCCUCCCAGCUCCUAUUGCCCCCGCCCUGGCUGAGGCCUCCUGGCCGGCCAGGGUCCCCUGCGCCUGCCCACGACCGGGCCCGGAGGUCAGACCGCCCCUUGCUCCAGCCUCCCCGGGGCCGGGGGAUCCCAGCUCUCCUCUCCGGUGCCCCGACCCCCGUGGGCCUCAAGAGGCCCCAGGCGCCCCCACAGCCAGCCCUCCUAGAGAGACGGCAGAAGGAUCCUCAAAGGAGCCCCCAGCGCCUGUCUCGCAGGAGCAGGCUGGGGCGGCUGUGCUGGGUGCCCCUGGGGACAGGAAGGCCACCGAGCCCGCCUUGGAAGACUGUGUUCCUGGCCCUGCCACCUCCUCCAUGGCCAAGGAGGACGCUGAGCAGACCACAGGAGAGGCCCGCCUGGCACGCGGCACCACCCAAGGAACGUUGGCCCAGAGGCUGCCCUGUGUCCAGGCCUGCCGUGGAGGAGACGCAGGGUCCGGGCUGAGGCCCAGGGCUGAGGAGGAUGCAGCCGAGCUGGGGGUCCAUCCAGGGAACUCCCUUGUGGACCAGGGCCGCAACUCGGAUCUGUCAGACAUUCAAGAAGAGGAGGAGGAGGAGGAGGAGGAGGAGGAAGAAGAGAUGGGUGUCAGGACCUGCUCCUUCCCGAAGCAGGUGGCUGGCCACAGCAUCGGGGGGCAGGGGGCCAAGUCCCAGCCCCAGCCCCAGCCUGACCCCUUCUGUGAGACCGACAGCGACGAGGAGAUAUUGGAACAGAUCCUGGAGCCGCCUCUCCAGCACUUUCGCAGCAAGAAGCUGUUUAGCAUCCCCGAGGAGGAGGAGGAGGAGGAGGAAGAGGAGGAGGAGGAGGCCGGAGAGGCCGCGCAGGAGGAGAAGGGGCCAGGGGCAGGCUCUGCGUCCAGAGACCCCGGCCCGCCUGCACGCCUGCCUCCGGGGCUGGGCUGCGACGGCGCGCGGCCCCGCGGCCCCGGCCUCUGCGCUUCGUCUCCCCAGCCCUGCAGGGCUGGGGAUCGCCUGGAGGACCCGCUGGGACUGGUCAGUGGCGGCAGCUGGAGAAAAGGAAGUGGCUCCCCCGAAAAGCCCCCUGGCCGCAGGCGGUCCCCGGAUCCCCGGGAACACUGCAGUCGGCUUCUCAGCAACGGCAGCGGCGGGUCCCAGGCCCCAGGCCGAGCACCGGGCCCUGCGCGCGAGAGGGGCGGCCCCGCUGCGGCCGAGGGCGCCAGGGCUCCACCAGACGCCGGCGGGAGGGCGCGGCCCGCCCCCUCGAGGACGUGCCCCCGGGGCCGGGCCCCGGAACCGGAACCGGAACCGGGCCUGGCCAGCUGCCUCUCCCCCAAGUGCUUGGAAAUCAGCAUCGAAUAUGACUCUGAGGAUGAGCAAGAGACAGGCGGCGGGGACAUGAGCAUCACCAGCUCCGGCUGCCUCGGAGAUGGGGAGGCCUGGGGUGCAGCCCCCGUGGGAAGGCCCAGGGCACCUCCGAAGGCCGGUUCAGGCCCCCACUCCUACCCGUACUCCCCGGCCUGGGAGAAGGGGGAGCCGGAGCGGAGAGGCCGCAGUGCGACCGGCAGAGCCAAGGAGCCGCCCCCCCGGGCAGCAGAGUCUGGGGAGCCCAGAGGGCUGGACAGCCCAGGGCAGAGCAGCUCCAAGCGGAGAAAGGGCUGGGCCCCUAGGCCAGGCUCCACAGAGCUGGCUCCCCUGAGGAGCCCUCCAGAAGCAUCCCUGGCCCUCCGGGACCUCCCUGUCAGGGUCUUUGUGGCUCUGUUUGACUACGACCCCGUGUCAAUGUCACCCAACCCUGAUGCUGGGGAAGAGGAGCUCCCGUUCCGGGAGGGCCAGAUCCUGAAGGUGUUUGGAGACAAGGACGCAGAUGGCUUCUACCGGGGUGAGGCUGGGGGCCGGUGGGGCCACAUCCCCUGCAACAUGGUGGCUGAGGUGGCCGUGGACAGCCCUGCGGGGACACAGCAGCUGCUCCGGCAGGGCCGUCUGUCCCCAGAGGCUCUCGCCGAGGGCUCAGGGAACGGCCUGUUUGUCUACUCCACAGCCCAUACUGCCGGGCCUCCUCCCAAGCCCCGCCGCUCCAAGAAAGGGCCCCCCCCACUGGCCUCCUCUGCUAGCCUGAAAGCUCCCCAUUCCAUGGUGGCCGCGUUUGACUACAACCCCCGGGAGAGCUCUCCCAACAUGGAUGUGGAGGCAGAGCUGCCCUUCCGGGCAGGGGACGUCAUCACUGUUUUCGGGGCCAUGGACGAUGACGGUUUCUACUACGGGGAGCUGAAUGGGCAGCGGGGCCUGGUUCCAUCCAACUUCCUGGAGGGCCCUGGGCCUGAGGCAGGCGGCUCAGACAGGGAGCCUGGGGCAGCCCCAUCCGAGGGCCAGAGAACGAGGAGGAGAAGAGUCCAGUGCUAGAUGGAGAUAGAUAUAUGUAGAGAGAGCGACAUGACUGGGUCAGCUCAACCCAGGGGCCCCCAGUGCCCCCAGGCUGGCCCUGUGCUCCUGGCCCUCACCGCUUCCCCAAGGUUGAACCGGGGUUGCCACAGGGCCCAAGCAGGAAGGUGUGGGUUCUCCUCUCCAAGGGGAAGCAGCUCCUCAGGAAACUGGGCUCGGGGAAGAAGGAGUGAUGUUGUGGCCUGACUGAGGCCCCAGCCGCGCGCGCGGGGAAGACCCUGGACUCUGGUUCUCCCGAGUGAGCACCGUGGCGCUGGGAUAGGACUCAGACCCAGUGACGGUCAGAGCUAGAGGAGCGGCUGGUCCUCCGGAUGGGCAUCGUCUUCUUACAGGCGGGGACCCUGAGCCCCGGCACAGGAGCGAGUCCAGGGGCCGGGGACACGGACUUGUCACUCCUGGUUCACCCGUCUGCGCCUGCUGUCCGCUGCGCUAUGCUAGUCCCCUCUCGGCCUCCACACGCCUGGCUCGGGGAGAUCCUGUUCCCUCCUACGGCGCUGGCCGUCCUCUUCAAGUCUUCCCUCCUUGAAGGAAAGUUUGCACUGGAUUCUGCCGAGCCCCCCACCCCGGGGGGGCGGAGCUGUGUAUAUAGAUGUACAUACUCAGUGCCUCAGCCCAGCUUCCUCCCCCUCGCUUCCACCGCACAGGCCCGGGAUGGAGAAAGGCCAAGCCAAAGCGGGCCUGACGCCACCCCACAGCGCCCCUCCACACCCCCCUGCAAGACCUGAGACCCAAGACCCGGGGCCUGUGGGCAGAGAGCAGGAGUUGGGUUGCCUUAUUUUGCUCAUCGGAUUCAACUUCUCUUUUGCAUCGUUUUCCUCUGGCCCCUGUUGGAGUCUGGGGGCUGGUGGGGAGGACAGAUUUAUGCAACUAUUUUCAUACAUUCCCUGUUCAGAGUGGGGUGGGGGUUUGUCCCCCUCCUCCCCUUAGCACCCUUUGCCUCACACUCUGGCUGGGUGAGUGUCUCUGCAUGUUUCCGUUGCUGUGGUGGGAGAUUGUUUGAACUCCCACCCCCACCUUGGUCUCCAGGGGUGUGGAAUGGUGGGGGCAUUUGUUUAAAAAGACAUUUUAUUAUAAUAAAGUCUAUUUUCACAAAA